AUGAGGUGUUCGCUCGCUGUGACUGCGUUGUUGGGGGCGAGAAGUGGUGCGUCGCCACUGGCUGCAAGGGGUGCACCAUCGGUCGAUCUUGGAUACGCUGUCUACGACGGAACUCAAGAUAGCCAGAAUGGCAUCAACGCUUUCAAAGGAAUCCGAUACGCGACCCCUCCUGUUGGGAACCUGCGAUUUGCGGCGCCCCAACCACCCAUAGUGAACAGAACUGCUUCCAUUUCAGCGACCAGCGAUGGUCCUGCUUGUCCACAAACUGGGGCGGGCAGCGAAACGCCUGCUGAAUAUGGCUUUACGUCUGCACUUGGCGACGAAGAUUGUCUGUAUCUGAAUGUUUACGCACCCUCCAAUGCGACCAACCUGCCAGUCUUCUUCUGGAUACAUGGCGGUGGAUACGGCCUCUUUAGUGCUCAAGGUCUCGAUCCUACUGAGUUUAUGACGACAAAUAAUAAUGGCUUCAUUUCGGUGAUCAUCCAGUACCGUCUCGGCGCAUUCGGAUUCCUGUCUAGUGAAGAUGUCGAGGCUGGAGGUGCUCUGAAUGCCGGACUUUUGGACAUGAACUUUGCCCUCCAAUGGGUACAGAAACAUAUCAAAUCGUUUGGUGGCGAUCCUGCACGUGUGACGAUUGCGGGUGAGAGCGCAGGUGGCGCCGCUGUCAUGUAUCAAGCCAUGGCAUAUGGCGGCGCACAGAACGUAUCCCUGUUCAAUAAUAUCAUUGCUGAAAGUCCGUGGGUGCCAGCGCAGCAUGACUACAACGACGAAGAACCGACUCAAGCGUACGAUGACUUUAGCGCAGCCGCCGGCUGCUCCAACGCGACAGAUACAUUGCAGUGCCUUCGCGACAGCGACAGCGAAGUACUCCAGAACGCCAGUGCUCGAGUAUCUGAAGCCAGUGCUUUCGGUAGUUUCGCCUUCCUUCCCGUUACGGAUGGCUCUUUCGUGAAAGACCUCCCCUCUACUCAGCUGGUGGCCAAGUCUCUGAGUGGGAAACGUAUCCUCUCCGGCAAUCUUGCGAACGAAGGCGUCCCCCUCAGUCCGCCCACCACCGUAACUCUUGAGGAUUUCCGCGACUAUGUGUCCUCCACCUUCCCAUCCUUCUCUGCCGAUGACAAAGCCGCUCUAGAAGACCUUUACUCCUACGAAGGCGAUGACCAAGAUGCAGACCCAUCAGCGCCAGUCUACGAUACCGAUGGCACUUCUUCCGUCACUGCUGUCAAUCAAUCAACAUUCGGCACUGGCCAGCAACAACGUGUGAUCAAUGUCUUCGCCGAAUCUACUUUCGACUGUCCUUCCUACUGGCUAGCCUCCGCCUUCCCCCAGGCGUGGAAAUAUCAGUUCAGCGCUAACCCUGCGUAUCACGGCUUCGAUCUUCAGGCCCUGUGGUCUGGUACCAAAACGCCAGGCGCGUCUUUCAAGCACGCCUUCCGCAAGAUCUGGGGCAACUUCAUCGUGCAGGAUGAUCCAAUCAUCAGCGUGUCGGAUGCCAAGGGUGGAGCCGCCAAUUCGACUGUGCCGGAGGGUGCAGAUGGACUUAUUGAAUGGCCAGUGUGGACCGAUGAGUCGCCUGCGCUGCUGAACCUGAACACUACAGGCGGGAACGCGACGUACCACCCGGUAACCGAAUAUCUGAAGUAUUACACAUAUUCGGAUCCUGGAGUAGUGAAUGUGUUCAAUGUUGCAGAUGCGGAUGCAUGGGAAGGUGGAAGAGGGGAAAGGUGCAAGUGGUGGCUUGAAAACGCCAAAAAGGUACCAUACUAA